UCCGCUGCAAGCACGUCCGAAGAUCAACUGGUGUCCGCUGCGAGCUCUGCUCCAGUCACACACACGCAUCGCGCUGCGAGCAUGCAAUGGCAUCUACAUCGUCAUCCGCAUCAUCGUCCACUUCCGCAUCGUCCUCGUCCGCUAGUGUCCUCUCCGCUGACGCCAUUCAGUAUGCCGUCAAGCUCGGAAAGAAGGGCUGGAAGAAGAUCGACGCCAAGCGUAUCAUCCCCGUCGUCCCGCCGCUGUACAUGAAAGCCAACAAGGUGUAUGCCAUGUGCGACUUUGUGGCCCGCGAUGGCCCAGACUGCACUAGCGGGCUCAAGUGCAAGUGGGCCCACUCGCCUCAGGAGCGCAAGCUGUGGAACGUCAUUAGACUCGUCCCGCAUCUCAACUCUAUCGCCAAGAUCUUUGCAGACUCUGCGUCCGGGACAAAGACGAAGACCAAGGCCAAGAAAACGUUGGCAUCGCACGCCGCCACCACCGAGAAUGGCGUCGAUGCCGCUCCGCGCGAGCGCUCCACAUCCGAGGCCGUCGAGGAGCUGUUCGGUGUGUGGCGAACCCGCAACGAACACCUCGACGCUGUCGAGGACGUUCUUCUCGAUUUUGACACCUUCCGCAACUUGCCCGACGGCAUGCAGCACCGCGUGUGGCACUACGCUGAACGCGUCGUUGACGAGGCCAUCGACAUCUCGUCCGACAACUUUUUGGUCAUUGCAAAGCUUGUCGCACUCGGCCGCAAGCUCGACUGGUCGCCGACAGAAACCAUCGCCGAGUUUAUUGUAGAGUCGGUCGCCCGUACCGUCUGCAUCGGCGGCCUACACACCGGCUCGGUUGAUCCCAAGAAGGCUUUUGCCGCUCACCUCGACAUCUUUCAGGGCGAGUUUACUCUCUAUGUCCGCGACGAUGCCGCCACAAACGACAUCAUUGGCUACUUUUUCGCCCGCGAGACCCGCGAGCUCCGUGACGCUGUCGUCGCCCUCGUCGAGGCGCACCCGCACAUGUCGGUCCGUGUCGGCAAGGCCAAGGUCGAGGCCACUCUUGCCAUCCGCCACCAGCACUGCGCACCGUCCAACUACACCGACCUCUUUCGAUCUGCCCGUAACGACAGCAGCAAGGAGCCAUGGCCGGUCAUCUGGCUUCGAGCAUGCAUUGCAGCCGACGAGGCGGCAACAACCUCGGCCACGGCCGCGACCGCGACCCCGGCCCCGGCCCCGACUGCGACCCCAACUCCGACACUGGCCCCCGCCCCAGAAUCCGCGCCAAGCCCAGCGUUGUCUCCAGCCCCCACCCCAGCCCAGGCCCCGUCGAGCUGGGCCGCCGCUGCCGCGCCUGUCUCCGUCCCGCCUACCGCGGCGACGGCGCCUGCUACUCCACCGGGCUUUGUCGCUCCUGCCAACCCACCAUCGACCUCUGCCGCCCCACUCACGGACAACGCCUCAUUCCACCGCUGGUGCGAGUACUCCGACACAAUGGAGAUCCGCGUGAGGUUGACGCCCGUUGAAACGCCCUCUGUCGUCCGGCAAGUCGCAGCCGUUGCCAAUGGUGUAGCGGUCCACGUCCUCGACACCCCGGCCGCCGAGCUUGGAGUCGGCAUCGACUCGAAGACCGUGUAUGGUCUACUCACACUGCCUGGCGAGCCGCAGCCCAAGGUUGUCGCUGUCAAGGUUGUCAACGAAACCACAAUCCCUGGCGAGGUCCUCUCUGGCAUCAUCUGCCCCGAUCCGUCGGUACAGGCGGCGCUGACGACUCUGUCGCACUCGCAGCAGGCGCUCUUCAUGCCGUACCACAUCCAGCACCAAGGCGCGGCAUACUCCCUCUCCGGAGCUACGACCAGCGAGACUGGCGUCAUCACCGCCAUGCCGCUCGCGCUCUGCUCAGUUGAGUCGCUGGUGACCGGCAAGCUCCUCGCCGACGGUUCGUAUGUCGACGGCGCCCAGCUCGGCACCGACGAGCUUGUCUUUGUGGCGGCGUCGAUGGCUCACGCCACCCACGCGCUCUUUACCGCCGGUGUGCGCUUUGGCGACAUCCGCCCGUCCAACUUCUUAGUUCUCCGUGACGGCCGAGUUGUCCUCUCGGACUACGGCUACUUGCGGGUCGUCGAUCUGCCGUCUGCCGCCGAGAACCUCGGUCUCACCGAGCCGCCCAAGUUUUCCCACGCCGGCUUUCGCUUCCAGGCGCCCGAGGUCCUCGCGGUCCUCGCCCGUAAGCCGGGUGCCGACUUGCUCGCAGCCUUUGAGCUGCCCACCGGCUUGGACGCCGCCGCUGCCACCGCCAGCGCAGGCCUCCUCCGUCUCCGCGAGUCGGCUAUCGUCUUUACCCUUGGCGUCGCCCUCGCAUUUGUCGGCUCUGGUGGCCAGUAUCCGUUUGGCCCAGACGCCAGAGACCACGACCUUGCGCUCAUUGCCAUGCUCAACUCAGGCAAGCCAGUUGCGCCCGACCUCGCAGGCAUUACCGAUCUCUUCCUCCGUGACUUGGUGGUGUGGAUGCUCGACGCCGAACCGAGCAAGCGACCGAGCCUCGCUGCUGUUGUCAAGCAUCCAGCGUUCUGCUCGGCGGACGCGUCUGCCGCCACCCUUGAUCGGCUGGAGCGCGCUUUGCGCGCCGGGCGCGUCCCGCCGGCCGUCCGCAAUCAUCUCGAGUCUGCCAUCGGCGACAUGAUCACGCCCGGAGCUUGUGCGUGGAACGACGGCCUACAGCCCGGGACGUACGAGACGCUGGUCCCGACGAAUGCUGCGGGUAUGAGGCCGGCGCCGCUUUCGCUCGAAGGAUUGGUUGCGUUUGUUACCGGCGCGCUCUCGGCGCCGUCAGUGGACAGAAAAGCCUUUCUCCGCAAUCACAUGGCACAGGCGCUCCUCUCCGAGUACUACAAAGCCCGAGAGGCAUACACUGCGUGGGUCAUGCGCCAGGUCGACGAUCUCGCCUUUCUCCGCGGCGAGUGAUCGUCGUCAUGCCUUGCGGUGCUUUAGCACUGCAGCCUGCUGCGCCAUCAGCCGACGCUCCCGCAUGGCCGCC